AGCAGAUAGCUACUAGCUAGCUUAGCUAGUUAACUAGCUAUCGUGUUUACUAGUUAAAGGGGGUGCGACGAGCAAGUCUCUGCCAAGUUCGCACGUCGGGCAGGCUAUCUUUCAGUGACAAACAUGUUGUCUUAUUUACUUGUUCGUAUAGCUACUCAACUAGCUGCGAAUGCUUGUUUGUUUUACACGUUGUCGCAGGUCAUACAUGGUUGUGCUUGCUUCAACAUGAGGUAGCAGAUUCGUAAAGUUUUUUGUUGUUGUUGUUGAGUCUGUGUCCUGCCUUAGCUAUUUGUUUGCAUAUUGAGGUGGUUUAUUAUAGCUAAACACAUUCUAACCUUGUUCAUCAUGUGCGUUCAAGAUAACUGGGAACUCGCAAAAUACGAGGUCAAAUCAUGACGUCAGUGCUCUAGAAAGAUGACCGCUCCAAAACCAUUAAUCCCAUUUUGAGGAGGUUUAUUCCGAGUUCCCAGUUGUUUGGAACGUGGCUUCGGUCAUCAUGGGCUCACCGUUUUUAUAUAUUUUUAUUUUAUUUAUUCAAAAUACAGAUCAACAAUUUUACAUCAUACAAAACAACGCAGGUAUUAACGAGAAAAUACUGAAACAAACAAAAAUAAGAUAAACAACUCUAGUGCAAUUGUUGAACGUUCAGACACAGCCGUGAGGUCAUUUGUGAUGUAGUUAGUGUUUUUUGCUUGAUAACUUGUAUGGGAAUAAACACUGUCAGUAACACAGGUGUGUUUCGCUUGUUGCUAGUUAGUUAGGAGGCUUGAAACAAAUGCACGAAGAGUGACGAGCACUUCUGUGUGAUGUUUCUGUGGAAGGCAGUGGAGGAGGUGACCAUCUUAUAACUGACCAAUUACACCUUGACCUCGCCAAGACAGACCAUGAAGAGAAGUCGGCAUCCAAGCAGCAGCGAAGAAGACUCUGAUAAUGGAAGUAACUCCACUUCCUGGUCCCAACAUUCUCAACCCAGGAGAACCAAUUGGAAGAAGCCCUCAGAAGUGUUCAGGACAGACUUCAUCACGGCCAUGAAGCUCCAUGACACAUACCAUCUGAACCCAGAGGAUUAUUACGUCCUGGUCGAUCCCUGGAGACAGGAGUGGGAGAAAGGAGUCCAGGUCCCUGUCAGCCCACACACCAUCCCCCAGCCUGUAGCCCGGGUGGUGGCUGAGCAGGGGAUGGAGGUGAUGUUCUCGACGCCUAAGAAGUGGAUCCGUUCGGGGUGUUCAGGGGCGCUGGGGUACGUGGACGUCCAGACCCUGGCCGAGGGGGCGUGUCGAUACGACCUCAACGACACUGACGUGGCCUGGCUGGAGCUCAUCAACCACCACUUCACUCUGAUGGGUAUGGUGCUGCUGGACGAGAUGACCAUGGAGCGAGCGAUGGAGGAGUUUGAGCGGCGUUGCUAUGACAGAAUGAGCCAUGCCAUGGCAACGGAGGAAGGGCUUGGCAUGGAGUACGACGAGGACGUCGUGUGCGAUGUCUGUCGGUCACCUGACAGCGAGGACAACAACGAGAUGGUGUUCUGCGACAAGUGCAACAUCUGUGUUCACCAGGCUUGUUAUGGGAUUCUGAAGGUGCCAAAGGGAAGCUGGCUGUGUCGGACCUGUGACCUCGGCAUCUUGCCAAAAUGCCAACUCUGCCCCAAGAAGGGCGGGGCCAUGAAACCCACCCGCAGCGGAACAAAGUGGGUCCACGUCAGCUGUGCUCUGUGGAUCCCCGAGGUGAGCAUUCGGAACCCAGAGAAGAUGGAGCCGAUCACCAACAUGUCCCACAUCCCCAGUAACAGAUGGGCUCUGACCUGCUGUCUCUGUAAAGACCAGACUGGAGCCUGUAUACAGUGUUCGGCUAAGAGCUGUCGGACAGCGUUCCAUGUGAGCUGUGCCUUACAGAGCAGCCUGGAGAUGAACACCAUCCUGACAGAGCAGGAUGAGGUCAAGUUCAAAUCCUUUUGCCCCAAACACUCCGGUCUGAAGGGAGGCCAGGACGGAGAGGGGGAGGAGGGGGCCAGAGACAAGAAGUGGCGGAAGAGUGACAGAGUCAGAGGUGAUGAAGGGCCACCCCUCGUCCCAGCCCCCCAGGAGGAGAGCAGGGUGAACCAGCAGGCGGUGAACCUGCGUCAGAUCAAACUGCAGCAGCUGGAGGAGGAGUUCUACCAGUUUGUUGACGUUAAGGAGGUAGCCAAUCACCUGCAGUUGCCCCCGGAAACGGUAGACUUCCUGUAUCAGUAUUGGAAGCUGAAGCGCCGAGCCAAUCACAGCCAGCCGUUGCUGACCCCCCAGAAAGAGGAAGAGGAGAGUCUGGCUAGGAGAGAGCAUGAUGUCCUCCUCCACCGCUUACAGCUGUUCACUCACCUCCGCCAGGAUCUGGAGAGGGUGCGUAACCUGACCUACAUGGUGUCUCGGAGGGAGAAGAUAAAGAGGACUCUGUGGAGGAUCCAGGAACAGAUCUUCACUCAUCAGGCCGAGCUGCUGGACCAUGAGAUCAUCAACGGGUGUCUGAACGACAGCGCGCGUCUCAGUGUGGUUUCAGCUCCAGUGGCGGUGUUGGGGUACAGCGGUCUGAAGACCCAGAGGAGAGACCGGAGAGGAGGCCUGCAUCUACUACACAGUCUGACUGACGGGGGCAGUAGACACGUCAGAGGACAGACGGACAACAACUCCAGAGGACAGACGGACAACAACUCCAGAGGACAGACAGACAACAACUCCAGCAAACUGAAGACAGAAAGUAGAGAGAGCAGCAGACCCAGAAUAGAGGGUAGUAGGAGCCUGAGGAAGGAGGCCCCAGAACCUGAGCAGCAGAAGAGCAGCAGGAGGAAGAGAGGAGAGGACCAGGGAUCGGAGGAGAGGACCGAGGACCAGGAAACAGAGAGGAGAAAGAGGAGAAGAGAGGAGGAUCAGGGAAGGGUGGAGAGAGGAGGAGGAGGAGGAGGAGAGGAGAGGUGGACCAUGGAACAGAGAGGAGGAGAGGACUCAAGGAAACCUCUCCAAUCAAAGCCAAAACCAGACUGGGGUCAAAGGCUGGUGAGAAACUAGCCAGUAGGGUCAGUGAUAUGACUGAUGCUAAACCAGCCAAUAGAAUGAGUGAAGCUAGGGUUAGGUUAACUAGGAUCAAGGUUCAUAAUGUGACUGAGGCUAGGGUCAGGUUAACGAGGGUCAGGGUUAGCGAUCACGUGACUGAAGUGAAGGAGAGGAAAGUGAGGCUCAGCGGAACAGACAGCCAAUCAGACCCCAGAGACACCGCUGUAUCCAUGACAACCAAACACAACGGCUGGCCGGCCAGUAGCCAUCUUAAGAACUGGGGUAAGUUCAGAAUCCCCAAGAGGAGCGAGAGGCCAAAGGAGGAGCCAUCGAACUCCACACAGCGCAGGCCACGACUCCGUACGGAGAGCGAUGGGUACUCCUCUGAAACUCCGCCCAGUGGGCUGGACAUGAAGGCCUGUCUGAAGAGAUGCCACGCCCACCAGCUGAGGGGCGGGGCCUAUGGCUCUGACAUCAUCCACCAAGGGGUUUUAGCCUCCUGAUGACAUGCACAUAGCUAACGAAGCUAGCCCGAAGCUGAGGCUUUUUUAUAAUCAAAUCACAACUGAUAUUAUUUAUUAUCAUUUGUUAAGGUUGUAUAUAUUUUCAAUUAUGUUAUCAAUAAAAAAGUUAAGAUUA